AUGGCGGAAAAAGCAGUCACCAUCAGAACCCGAAAGUUCAUGACCAACAGACUUCUCUCCAGGAAGCAAUUCGUUAUUGAUGUUCUUCACCCUGGAAGAGCCAAUGUUUCAAAGGCUGAGCUUAAGGAGAAGCUAGCAAAGUUGUACGAGGUCAAGGACCCAAAUUCCAUCUUUGUUUUCAAAUUCAGAACCCAAUUUGGAGGUGGCAAAUCUUCCGGUUUUGGUUUGAUCUAUGACAAUGUUGAGAGUGCCAAGAAAUUCGAACCCAAGUACAGACUUAUCAGGAAUGGACUUGACACCAAGGUCGAGAAAUCAAGGAAACAAAUCAAGGAAAGGAAGAACCGGGCUAAGAAAAUCCGCGGUGUUAAGAAGACAAAGGCUGGUGAUCCCAAGAAGAAGUGA